AUGGGAACAAUGCUACACCAUCUAACGUCUUUCUCAAGCGAUGAUUAUCCAUCUCACUCAGGCCACCUUCACCCAGAGUCGACCACCCUAUAUUCCCAGCCAAGCCUUUCAUCAAUUCCUUCUCUCACGUCACAAACCGAUCACCAACAGCAGCACCUUCCAACUACCAACCACCACUGCAUUGCUACCCUAAAAGGCCACAACGCCUACAUAUCCUCUCUUACCCUUGACGGAAAGUACCUAUACACUGGCUCUUCUGACAGAGAAAUCCGAUUGUGGAAGCGCAACACAAUGAACUCCCAACUCAAUCAGGACAAUCUAACUGACAAGAUAGUGAUUGCAGGAAAGGGAGCAGUGAAGUCCCUAGUAGUUUUAGCUGAUAAAAUUAUCAGCGCUCAUCAAGAUCACAAAAUCCGAGUCUGGAAAACAGAUAACAGUGAGAACCAUCACCAGAAGUUCACGCACUUGGCUACACUUCCAACACUUAGUGACCGCGCCUUUAAACUUUUAACACCUAACAACCAUGUUCAGGUUCGACGCCACAAGAAAUGCACAUGGGUCCAUCACGUGGACGCCGUAUCAGCACUCGCCUUGUCAAGUGAUGAGUCCCUCCUCUACUCCGUUUCAUGGGAUAGGACACUCAAAAUUUGGCAGACAACUAACUUCAAAUGUUUGGAGUCAGUAGGUAAUGCACAUGAUGAUGCAAUAAACGCGAUAGCAUUAUCUGAUGAUGGACUUGUUUAUACAGGAUCAGCUGACAAGAAAAUCAAGGUAUGGAGGAAAAGCUCAGGAGAGAAGAAACAUUCUCUAGUUGCUACACUUGAGAAACAUAAUUCUGGGAUCAAUGCACUAGCACUAAGCACUGAUGCAUCUGUGUUGUACUCUGGUGCAUGUGACAGAUCGAUACUGGUUUGGGAGAAGGAUGACAGUGGCAGUAUGGUGGCUGUUGGUGCACUUAGAGGGCAUGCCAAGUCCAUAUUGUGCUUGGCUGUGGUGUCAGAUUUAGUGUGCAGCGGUUCAGCUGAUAAAACAGUAAGAAUUUGGAGAGGGAUUGAGAGAUCCUACUCUUGCUUGGCAGUAUUGAAAGGGCACAAAAGCCCGGUCAAAUGCUUGACCAUGGCAAGUGAUCAUUGCAAUCAACCUGAUACAACAUCUUCAUAUGUCCUCUACAGUUCAAGUUUGGACAGUGAUAUCAAGGUCUGGCAGAUUUUGGUCCCUCCUCUCUAAGGAAUGAGCUUUUUCUUGUUCUUCAUUUUUAGGUUCAAGUACAAAAGGGCAGGAGAAAUAUUUUUCAUUUUCUAUUUGCUUGCGUG